AUGAGCGCCUAUCUCUAUGGGCGCCUAUCUCUAUGGGCGCCUAUCUCUUUGGGCGCCUAUCUCUAUGGGCGUCUAUCUCUAGGGGCGCCUAUCUCUAGGGGUGCCUAUCUCUAUGGGCGCCUAUCUCUAGGGGAGCCUAUCUCUAGGGGCGCCUAUCUCUAUGGGCGCCUAUCUCUAUGGGCGCCUAUCUUUAGCGGGCGCCUAUCUCUAGGGGCGCCUAUCUCUAUGGGCGCCUAUCUCUAUGGGCGCCUAUCUCUAGGGGCGCCUAUCUCUAGGGGCGCCUAUCUCUAUGGGCGCCUAUCUCUAUGGGCGCCUAUCUCUAUGGGCGCCUAUCUCUAUGGGCGCCUAUCUCUAUGGGCGCCUAUCUCUAUGGGCGCCUAUCUCUAUGAGCGCCUAUCUCUAUGGGCGCCUAUCUCUAUGGGCGCCUAUCUCUAUAGGCGCCUAUCUCUAGGGGUGCCUAUCUCUGUGGGCGCCUAUCUCUAG